AUGAUGCCUUCUCCAAUGAAUACCGAGGACAGUCCCGAUUCUCGGCCCAAGGAGUCCAGCAAACGACGCCGUCUCAACUUUGCUUGCAAUUACUGCCGAAAUUGCAAGACACGCUGCGAUGAGCAACAGCCUUCCUGCCAAGCAUGCAUUUCAGCAGGCAUUCCUUGCGUUACCCAAGAUAGACGCAGGCCGGGCAAGUUGAUCAAGAGACGUGAGGCAGAAACUCUCUCGCUUGCUCGUGGCGCUUUGGGCCAUCUUAUCGGCAAUGUUUCCUUCGAAACCAUAGAAGUUUUAUUUCUAUGCUCAAUUUGCCUUCGACUCAAUGACGAAAUCACUGCGUCUUGGACGACAUUCGGCAUCUGUUUGUCAGUCGCCCAUUCCCUUGGCCUGAACAGACCCGGGCGUGACAGACGAAAGAACACUCAUUCUUCUGCUAUAGAUGCUUGGAAUCCAGCCUGGUGGGCUAUUUAUAGCUAUGAGAAGCUAUUCUCAUUCCAACUCGGCUACGCCUCUAGCAUAUCGGAUGAAGCAUACGAUGCCUUGGAUCUGGAGACUUCCAAGAUAACAACCCUACAGCCGCAGCACUUUGUCUUGUCUAUGGCCAAGGCUUUUAGUAAAAUGAGUCAUCGUUGUGCAAAGGCACGGCUGCUAGAAGACAGAGCGAAUCGCCAGACUCUGGAAGCAGCCAUCAAGGACAAAGUUAAUGCGACCGGCGAAUCGUUUCUGAUUUUAUCAGACUGGGUCAGCAGUCUUCCUGCUGGUCUUCGACCUACUUCAGACUUUAUGCGAAUUCCAGAAGACCCGGUACUCUCUUCAUUCAUCUCACUUCAUUACCACAACGCUAUCUUGAUGCUCAACAGAAAUUCUCUUCUCAUCAGCAAGGACGCCAUUCACAAAGCUGUCGAGGUCAUCGCCAAAGGAACACGGUGGGAGUACACAAUCCGCAACGGUCAAUCCAUGGUUGCCAACUCAGCCAGGAAGAUCAUCCACCUGCUUGCCGACAGCGAUGACACAUUGUCUCAUUUAUUCGCGCCAUCCUACUUCCCGCUUUUACACGCUCUUUACGUCCUGGCAGUGCACAUACUAAAACAGCCGCAAUCACGCAUCUCCAAGAUUGAUCAAAGUCUUCUCAUCACGGCAGUUGACUUGAUUCGUUGCUACUGCGUGGGCUUGGCUGAAGCAGAACGCUUGUCAACUGUCCUCAAUGGACUCAUUCGUGUAGUCCAAGAAGCGAUGAAACCACCGACGACCUCAAUUGAGGCGGAGCAAAACAACUCAAAGGCUGCUUCGGGGACAUGCAUUUCUAAACAAGGGGGAAUAAACUUGGCGCAGCAACACAACAACAUGACAUUUUCUCAAUCUUUAGACCCAUCCGAUUCUUCUAUUCUGAAUCCAGUCCAAUUGACAAUGGACGAGGGAAUUCUGGACCCAUUUUCAGGGCAACCUUUUGACAUACACAUACUGCCUGAUGAGAUUGGGUGCGACUGGGCUGAUUUCGAGAAUUUGCUACAGAGACUGGAAAAUGAGUCUGGCUUGUAUCCAACAGAGGAGGGCAUGAGUAUUAAACUUUAA